GCCCGCAGCUGGAACGCGAGCGCGCGCCCCGCCGCGCUCCCGCCCGCCGGGGCCUGGGCGCUGCGGCGCGUGCGCGAGCGGUGCCGCACCGGCCGCGGGCGCAGGGAGUAUUAUGGGCUGUGGGUGCCGCUGAGCAAGAUGGAGCUGUCUGCAGUGGGCGAGCGGGUCUUCGCGGCCGAAUCCAUCAUCAAACGGCGGAUCCGAAAGGGACGCAUCGAGUACCUGGUGAAAUGGAAGGGGUGGGCAAUCAAGUACAGCACUUGGGAGCCCGAGGAGAACAUCCUGGACUCGCGGCUCAUUGCAGCCUUCGAGCAAAAGGAGAGGGAGCGUGAGCUGUAUGGGCCCAAGAAGAGGGGACCCAAACCCAAAACUUUCCUCCUGAAGGCGCGGGCCCAGGCCGAGGCCCUCCGCAUCAGUGAUGUGCAUUUCUCUGUCAAGCCGAGCGCCAGUGCCUCCUCGCCCAAGCUGCAUUCCAGCGCAGCCGUGCACCGGCUCAAGAAGGACAUCCGCCGCUGCCACCGUAUGUCCCGCCGUCCCCUGCCCCGCCCGGACCCGCAGGGGGGCAGCCCCGGACUGCGCCCGCCCAUCUCGCCCUUCUCGGAGACGGUGCGCAUCAUCAACCGCAAGGUGAAGCCGCGGGAGCCCAAGCGGAACCGCAUCAUCCUGAACCUGAAGGUGAUCGACAAGGGCGCUGGCGGCGGGGGCGCCGGGCAGGGGGCCGGGGCGCUGGCCCGCCCCAAAGUCCCCUCGCGGAACCGCGUUAUAGGCAAGAGCAAGAAGUUCAGCGAGAGCGUCCUGCGCACCCAGAUCCGCCACAUGAAGUUCGGCGCCUUUGCGCUGUACAAGCCUCCGCCCGCCCCCCUGGCUGCCCCGUCCCCCGGCAAGGCUGAUGCCUCAGCCCCGGGCCCUGGGCUGCUUCUGGCCGCCCCCGCCGCCCCCUACGACGCCCGCAGCUCUGGUUCCUCCGGCUGCCCCUCGCCUACACCACAGUCCUCUGACCCCGACGACACGCCCCCCAAGCUCCUACCCGAGACGGUGAGCCCAUCCGCCCCCAGCUGGCGCGAGCCGGAGGUGCUCGACCUGUCCCUCCCUUCCGACUCGGCAGCCACCAGCAAGCGGGCACCGCCGGAGGUCACAGCUGCUGCCGGCCCGGCACCUCCCACGGCCCCUGAGCCCGCCAGUGCCUCCUCCGAGCCCGAGGCUGGGGACUGGCGCCCCGAGAUGUCACCCUGCUCCAAUGUGGUCGUCACCGAUGUCACCAGCAACCUCCUGACGGUCACAAUCAAGGAAUUCUGCAACCCUGAGGAUUUCGAGAAGGUGGCUGCUGGGGUAGCAGGCGCCGCUGGGGGCGGUGGCGGCAUUGGGGCGAGCAAGUGAGGGGGCUCCACCAAGGAGGGGGGCUUGGGGGGGCCCUCCUGCCCGAAGUCAUACUCUUGCUCCCACCCCGCCCUUGCCCCCAGCCCUCUCUCCCUGUGCUUUGCUUGUCUCAAAUGGCUCGGUGUUGACCCAGGGAUGGGGCUGGGUAGUUGGGGUCCCAGAAAGCCAGGGGGUAGGGGCCACCCUGGAAUGGGGCAGGGGAAGGGCACACCCCCUGCCCAUGCAUGGUAGGGCCCACUGGGUGGUUUCUGGAAAGCCCUAGAACCUAGGGUUCCUCUGCCCCUUCCACAUCCCACCCGUCUCUCUAGCUUGCUUCCUGCUCUCCUGUGCGGCGUCUGAUUUCUCGGUGCUAACCUGGCAGCUGUGGGGCCCUUAGGAGACCCCCACUGAGGGUGGACACAGUCCCUUUCCUUCCUGCAGAUGCCUAGGCAGGAGGAGGGCAUCCUGCCUGUUUGGCAAAGUCCCAGGCAGAGGCCAAGGAUGAGGCCAGACUCGGCUCCUCCCUCCACAUCAGCCAGGGCAUCAGAAGUUGGGCCAGGGCGGGGUCUUCCCUGCUCGAUUUUGGAUGAGGCCUAAGUAGACCCCCUAUGCCCUGCCCCAGCCCUGUCUCUUUCCAAACCCCCUCAACAGUGGGAGGAACGGGCAGAGGGUGCACCUGGCCACAGCCUCCCCGCAUCUAAAGGCCCCUUCACUUCUUGACCAAAGGUGCUACGAGAACCUGCCGUGGAAACUUCCAGUUGUGCGUCUGCCCCACUUGCUGUGUUUGUCCGUGGGUUCAUACGUGCAUUGGGUGCUAGGCCCCAGGCUGCCGGGUGGCACCCUUUACAGUUCCUUUGAACAGGGGCAUUGAAGGCCUGGACCGCCUCUCGCCUCAGUAGGCCUGGGGACCAGGCUUGGGUCUGGAGGUUUGCUGUGGAAGUCACCAGGCCUCCCCUCCUGGCCCAGGUGUGGAGGCACCAUGCCCCCCACCCCCCUGCCCUCCUCGGGGUGGUCAGCCCAACCUGUCGGACCUUCACUUCACAUCAUGUUGGGAACCGAGAUAGAGAGGGAGACCCCGUUCCAAGCUCCCCGUUCCUCCCGGUGUUUGGGGAGGACGCCGAAGAAUCCAUUCCCGAGGGCCUCCCGGCUUGUCCCAGCCCCUCUUUUGCUUCUGACCAUGGAGGCUUUCUCACAGCCCAGCCUGUCUGAAGCAAAGGAGCCUCCCGUGUCCUGGGCAGCUUCUGUUUCCCUCUGCUGCCGGAGACCUGAGGCACCCAUGCCAGUGGCAGAGGCCACAGCACCAGCCUUAGGCCAGGCCCUGGGAGGGCAGGCAGGCAAAGGUGAGACCAGAGGGGCUGUGUUCUCCAGGAGAAUGAGGGUGUUGGUCCCAGGAUUGGGAGUGGGGCCCCACUGGCCAGUCCUGGGCCACUUCCCGGGUCUCCGUUGUGCGUGGGUGGCGUGUUCCAGGCGUGGCUGGAGCUGGCUUCCUGGCUGUGCUGCCAUGGGCCCCUCCCUCAGAAGCACGUUGGCAGGAGGCUGAUUAGAACCCUAGCGCCUUUGGUCCUAAGAAUGGGAGGCUGCCUUCCUUCCCAAUCUCCCUGCCAGGGCCCACAGCGUGGCCCUAGCCCUCCCCUCCCCGGGAUGUAGAACGGGGACCCUCGCAGGGUCGGGGCAGGGGCUGAUACUCCUCGGCCCCUCCCUACCCUGCCCUUUGUGUUGGCUUUGUGGCCGUCCAAGUGCCAAUUGGCUUUUCCCCCAAAUAAGGGCUGGUAUUUCUCCUCUGUCCUUGGAGGUGAUUUCCCCCUGACCCCCUCCCCCAGGUGAGUGACCACCUGGGUGCCAGUUACAGGUGUUUCCAGAGACCAUAGAAAUGUGUUUUCCUGAGAGUUCGUGUCAUUCGUGACUUUUUUGUAAAGAAGUUGUGUUUUCAGAGGUGAUUUUAUGACAGGAAAGUGAAAGAAUUAGUUUUGCAAAAAAACAAAAACAAAAAAAGAGGAAAAAAAAGAAAUAGAAAAAAAUAUUGUGGGAUUCCUAUGGGGGGGUGGGGGGGAGAAAGAGAUAUUUAAGAAAAAAUAGUAACGCAGUGAUUGCACAGGUGAGGUGGCAAUGUCAGGAUGGGGCGGAGUCCUGGGCCCAGCUGGCAGGUCCCCUGGCGUCGCAGGCACUGUGGAGAGGGCCUGGAUCCAGAUCUCCACACCCAUGCUUGCUCAAAGGGAAGGGCAACAGCGGGUCCCGGGGGAGCUAACCCAAGCUGCAGGUCCCGGCAAGCUGAGGUUUGGGAGGGUGGAGGUUGUCACUGGUGAUUUUCUCCAGGGGGCUGGUGAGUGGGCAGUUUGGUUUCUUGCCUCCUUCUGUUCCUUUGCCAGUUGUUGGGCCAUCUGGUCCCUACCACCGCCACCCUAUGGGGGAGACCUCCCUCCCCACGGGUCACCCUAAAGCCCACAACCUCUCUGAGCCUCUGUGGCCUGAAAGGGGAUGCAGGCUUCAGGAGGCAAGAAGCUGGGCCCUGGGGGUGGCUGGGGAGAGGGAAUGCAUUUCCCUUGCCGCAGGUGGUCUGCUUCUGCUGGCCUGAGCUCCAAGCGGAGCAGCCCGGGCCAGCCUUGGUGCAUGAAGAGGCACCAGGCACACCGCCUUGAGGUGAGCAGUGCCCAUGGGGGCCCGAGUGGAUGGGACCGAGGGUGAGCAGAGGCCUCCUUCCUCCCCUCUCUAGUACCCCCACCCCCCACACACUUGCACGGAUCAGCCUCCCUUGGGAGAUCAGCCUCCAUGGGCCCCUCCUCCACCCUUGCUGCUUUCCAUUUGCCUAAUUACCAAGCAGAAGUUGCAAUCUGGUUUGCUUUAUUUUUGUAUGUGAAAUAACCCCCAAAGCCCGAUCUCCUCCUACGUUCAAUAUUGGUUGGGGCAUCCGUCAUCUCCCCUUAAGUGCACCCCCUCCCCACCCAAGUAUCAUAGGAAACAGGUGAGGUCUGAUGUCUCUGGUUUGAGACGGUAAGUUGGGACCCAUCCCUGUCUCGGUCCCCACCCUGACCUUUAGUUUGCUCUUCUGUGAAAUGGGUACACUGGGCAGCAAGGCCUCUUCAGAAAGUGCUGCUGGUGUCAGAGCAGCUGCCCAGUACCAGGUGGGGGUCAAGGUUGCUGGUACUGGGACCCCCAGCUGCCCACAACCCUCUUUGUUCUCACCCUGCAAAGGGGUUAAGGUCAAAAUGAGCCUCAUCCUUCCUAUGAUCUGGGAAGAGGUGAUGAUCAAGUCCCCAACUUCAGUGUGAGGCGGACAGAGUUGGGGGGAUGGCCCCUUUUCGAAGAGGUGAAAAUGGUUUUGGAGAAGCGCAGCUGCUUCACUGGGGGAAUGCGGCAGGGACUGGGGCCCAGGAUGCUUUGGCCUAUGGGGAAAAGCCCUUUAAAAGGCAGGGCCCAGGCCCUGGAGCCAGCACAAGACUGGCAGCGAGCCCCUGAGCCAGGAGGUCCUGGAGGAGAGCCAGGCCGGUGGGCCUGCCCAAGGCUGGAGGGUCAGCCCCAACAUGGAGCUGGGUGGGCUAGGGGGCUGGGCUGCUACCAGCCUCUCUGGCCUAUGGGGACCCAAGAGGACACAUCCCCUUUUUGCCCACUUUUCUGUGUCGUUUUGUUGUUUGGGUUUGUGGUGGUUUUUCUUUUUUCUUUUGUUUUUCUUUUUUUUUUUUUUUUUUUUUUUUUUUUUGCACUUCGCCCACACGGGACAGUGGAGCCCCACCUGGUCAGUUCCACUUCCGGGCUCCCAUGCACUUGCCCAAGGCGGCCUCUUUGGGACGGGGAUGGUUUGAGAAUCACUUUUAAAGAAAAAAGGAAGACAUUGAAAGGUUUUAGUUUCUUCCCUAUCUGCAUGUCCUCUCAUAUAGAAAGCCCAGAAUUAGGGGCUAGAACUCCAGGAGAGGGUCUCCCCGACUCAUCUCUUGCUGGCAGUCACCAGGAUGCAGAAACAGGGAGAUAGUUAGUGGGGGCCAAAGAUGCCCCCUCCCAGGCCUUCGUGGUUCCCUCCUCUGCCCCCUGCAAUCUUUGGAGGAGUCAGUGCCUCACUCCAGCAGUGAGUGCCUACUGUAUGCAGGUAGUCAGCCAGGCAAAGGGAGACUAACGGUCUCAUGGGGGAACCCCCUUGCAGGAGGCCAGGUAGCUGGAGCGAAGCGUUCCGGCUGCCCUUGCUGCUGGGUGGAGUGGAGAGAGAGACUUCUUUUCGUUGGUUUUAAUUUAAAAACACAAAGGCCUAAAGAAAUACGUAUCUUAUAAUUUUUUUAAUUUUUGAGAAGUUCAUUUAAUGAAUUGUGCACGAAUGAAUUCUAUAUAUAUAAAAUAUACAUAUAUAGCUCUAUAUUUGGGGAGGGGCACUGUCUCUUUUUUCUCUCUCAUUUUUAAAAUGAAGUGUUGUUGCCUUUGUAUGUGGUUCAACCAUCCAGCUCCCAGCUGGCUAAACUUUGCCUCCAGUGGUCAAAGAUGGGAAAAUAGUGGGGUUGGCAGGAGAUGGAAAACGGAGGUGCCGCCCCAGCAUGGGGGGCAGGUCCCCCAGUCCACCCUGCCCCUCCCCCUGUGGAGAAGACGCUUAGUUGGGGUUGUGGGUUUGGGCUCCAUUCUGGAUUCGGCGGUUCCGGGGGAGGGGUGGGUCUGUGCCGAUUACUCUGUCUUGUACGUUUGUUCUGCUGCUCUUCAAUAUUGUAUCAACGCCAGGAAAGGGGGGUGAAAAGCCUCUUUUACCCCCCAAAUAAAUUGUCACAUUCCGAAGCUGA